UGUACAUCCGGGUCCUGUGCCUGUUUCCCGUCAUGCCUGUCGGUGGUUCAGUGGAGAGAAUGGACAAACGGGUGUGGUGAUAUCGCGAUUAUCAACGAUUUUAUCUCUAAAAUCUCCUCAAAACUGUCACAGACACGCCAGGAUUCAGCCGGGGAUCUCCUGUCAUAUUUCCGUGGUGAGCAGUGCUGUCAGGGAGACCAGGGAAGGGCGCAGAGCCGUGUGAAACGCUUGGAGAGGCCGUUGGGUGACGACUGUCGGGAUGGGCUGUGCCAUCAGUGCCGAGGACAAGGCUGCGGCCGAGCGGUCCAAAAUGAUCGACAAAAACCUGCGAGCGGACGGCGAGAAGGCGGCUAGAGAGGUCAAACUGCUGCUGCUGGGUGCUGGUGAAUCUGGGAAGAGCACAAUUGUAAAACAAAUGAAAAUUAUCCAUGAAGACGGGUACUCAGAAGAGGAGUGCAUGCAGUACAAGGCUGUGGUGUACAGCAACACGAUCCAAUCUCUCAUCGCCAUCAUACGCGCCAUGGGGACGCUCAAGAUCGACUUCGGACACACAGACAGAGCCGACGACGCGCGGCAGCUGUUCGCCCUAGCGAGUACGGCAGAGGAAGGGGAGAUGACACCCGAGCUGGCGGGCAUCAUGAAGAGGCUGUGGGCAGACGGAGGCGUGCAGGCCUGCUUUGGCCGGUCCAGAGAGUACCAGCUCAACGACUCGGCCUCAUAUUACCUGAACAGUCUGGACCGGCUUGCGGCGGGCGGGUACGUGCCCACGCAACAAGACGUGCUUAGAACACGCGUCAAGACGACCGGCAUCGUCGAGACGCACUUCACCUUCAAGGACCUACACUUCAAAAUGGUGGAUGUCGGGGGUCAGAGGUCAGAGCGAAAGAAAUGGAUCCACUGUUUUGAGGGCGUGACGGCCAUUAUAUAUUGUGUUGCCCUGAGCGCGUAUGACCUUGUCCUGCAAGAAGACGAGGAAGUGAACCGGAUGCACGAGAGCAUGAAGCUGUUCGACUCCAUCUGUAACAACAAGUGGUUCACGGAGACGUCCAUCAUCCUCUUCCUCAACAAGAAGGACCUGUUUGAGGAGAAGAUCACCAAGUCCCCCCUCACCAUCUGCUACCCUGAGUACACAGGAUCGAACACAUACGAAGAGGCAGCUGCCUACAUCCAGAUGCAGUUCGAGGACCUGAACAAGAGGAAAGAGACGAAGGAGAUCUACACCCACUUCACCUGCGCCACCGACACCAACAACAUCCAGUUUGUCUUCGACGCCGUCACCGACGUCAUCAUCAAGAACAACCUCAAGGACUGCGGCCUCUUCUAGACUCUCCCUGCUUCUUAAGUCUGUUCUUCUGUACUUUCACUUUUCUGUACUUUCACUCUCCAUCCCGGAGCGACUUGUAACUAGCUUGUUGGGUCCCGACCGUUCACCGCAAUUUGAAUACGUUAUGUUCUCUUAUAGAGACAUUAUUAUAUGUUAUUAUACUUGUUUCCAGAAACCCUAGUGGAGAUAAUGCUCCAUUUUUUCCAAUUUUUCACAAAAAUUGUUUUUUCCACUUCUUUUUUUUUUUUUUUUAAACCUAAAUGGACUCAGUACUUCAAACAAUCCAAUGUCAAUGCUGUCUAAAUAGCUAUAUGUUUGGCUUACUUUAGUUUUAUGAUUCUGAUUUUGUCCAAAUGAUGCCAAAAUGUUUAGCAUUUUGUAGUCUUCCUGUAAAUAAGCCCCGCCGGUACCGAACUCUCAACAGUGAAAAUGUCUGCUUAUGUUGUCUUCUGGAACUGCCCAACUAACAGGUUAUUGUCUAAUCCUGCCUGGACCAUUGUUGGUAGCCCAAACUAGGACCCCCGGCAAUUUGGUUGUGACCUCCGUCCGGGCUCUCGUUGUAAGCGCCUGUCCUGAAAAUUUGGGGGCGUAAUUCUCCAGAUGUUGUUUUACGUUGACGGGUAGAAAAUGUGUUCCAAGGUCGAAUAGAAACUUCCAAGGUCGUUCCAAUAGUAGAGGCGGUGGUUCCGUGUGAGAAGCGUACUUACUCGUGUCAAUGUCAAUGUUGCCUUAGAGGUCGGCGCAAAGAAUGGGAUGAUUGACGCUCGUUAAGGCUUGUUAACGAUGACGUGCCACAACAGCUUUCAUAGCACACCCCUGAAAUCUUUCUCAGUCAAAUGUUCAAAAUAGAAAUCUUGCAGAGUGAUAGGAAUUCAGGCUGGGUAUGAUGAAUCCAAAUUUUGUCACAUUUGCUGUUGAAUAAGUAUAUGAAUUAACAUGAUUGACAAACUACUUACGGUUGUGAUUCUCUAGGAUGAAAUUAGUGUCUCCUGUAUUUCCAGAAAUUGUAUCAAAGUUGCAAGUAAAACUUGCAGGUAACAAAAGUGUUCCUUGUACAUGUAACAACCACUUUGCAGCAUUCUCUCCUUUUGUUAAGUAACAAAAUUAGGCAGGAAGAAAAUUUCCAGCUUAGAACCUUACCUCUACACAUUCCAGUUAGAUAUCCGCAUCACCUUCUGUUUUGGACCAAACCAUUCGGGAACAAUUACUAAAGGUUGCACACAAGUCUUCAUUUAUGAAACAGGCUGUUUUUUUACGCACACUGGUAUGGAAGAUCUGUCGAUAUGAUCCUUUGUUGUGUAGCUGUCUCAGUUUUGUGUGCUGUAUAUUUGGUGUUGGUAACAAAUCUAGUUUUACUUUGCGUUCGAAGUGUCCAGCCUUUACAGUCGAGCUUCUCUACAGCCGCAUUCCUUCCUACUACAGAAGUAAAGCUGGUAACCUGAUACAGGACAAACAUGCUGAGGUCGGCAUGUAGCACUCUGAACGUGUCACCCAGGCGAUUCGGGUCGCACGGAUGGUUUGGGUGACCAAUUUUUGUAGGGACCUUGUUCAGUAACAACCGUUCUUCCUGCCGUGUAGUUUGUUUCUUUGUGGUUGGACCAAACAUUUCCGUGGCACGCCAUCUUUAACACCCGCCAAGCUCGGACCAAGGUAAAAAAAAAAUACAUGGAAAAUGUUCAAAAUAUGAAGAGUAACUGAUUGUGAAGUCUGUGAUGAGUUUCUCAUUAUGAAAUUUGACAUAAUUGAAAUUGUCUGAAAGAAAAACUACCAUAUGAUGUAUGUAGAAUAUAUUGUCAGACUUGUACAAUUGAUGUAGUGUUGUCAUAUUUUUGAUAAUAUAUUUUGGAAACAAUUAAUUACUUAAUAUGUGUUGUAAGACCAAGUGUAGUUAAUUAACACCAGGCAUUGUGAAGACUAUAUUUUGCUAUUUUGAUUGACUUGAAUCAAUGCUGUAACUAGAACUACCCUUGAAAUGAACAUAAAUUUGAAAAUUGAGCUGUACCUGAUUUGGGAGGGGCUUUUGUUGUUUGGAUCUGGUCUUAGAUAAUUUUAGAUAUGGUAUUAUUAAAAAAAGACUUGCCACAUGUGACACCUCUCAACUGGUUUUCUCAUAAAAUAUCCCUCCCUUGGGGAGGGCCAAUUUAAUUUGUUGGUUCCCAGGUUUAAAAUGAGAAUGCAAAACCAGAAGAACAGCAUGAGAGAAUAGGCAGAGAGAACCCUGAUUAACACAGUUGCGAGGUGAAUAGAAACAGAUUCCAAUCUUCCUCCCAACGUUCUGUUUUGGCGAUGUCAUGAGUACGAUUUUUGUACGUCAAAAUAUGGAGCCAAUGAAGCGGUGUGUGGCAUUUGAAUCAUUUUUCUAACCCAGCGAGUUUAAUGUUGGUAACCCUCGGAAAAAUGCCAUAUUCUGUCUUGUGAUAGAAUAUUUUACACUGGUUGUAAGUUUGUAAGAGUUCAGCUGGUGAAAUUCUGUCAGCCCACCCAACCCACAGACAAACUACCAUGUACAACUCCUACUUAUUUGGUCACCUAUGGUUUGGAAACACUCCAGAAAAUUUAAAAACGAUGAUUUUAACCAAUUGAUCUUCGUAACUCCGUGUUUCACCAGUAGUUAACGUCAAUGGGGGAAUAUAAAACUGGGCGUUAAAACAUGAAACUGAAGAAGUAACAAAUUGUAUUGAUUUAGAUUUGAAAUGUGGAGUUUGUGAACAUGGUGAUGAGUAGAAACAGUUGUAUGACCUGACGUCUGUCGCCAUGGAAGCUUGUAAUAUAGGCUUAUUUGUGCUCAAGAUUUUCUCACAUGCUGGAAGACAUUGUUGACUGACGUUUCUGCACUGCUUGUAAGAAAUGCAGCACUUGAAGGACCACUUCUUGUUUAUUUCACGUGAGACGACAUCGCUGUAUUAAAGCUGGUGUAGUUUGUACAACACUGGUGAGGGGGAGGGGAAUGUGCUCCUUGUAAGAAAAAUAUAAGACUUCUUAGCGAAGAUUUUGUCCAUUGCUGUCCUGUGUGUUGCAGAUAAAAGACACUUCUCUGACCUUCGGCAUCAUCUUAAGGCAUGCCCAAGAUUGGUGCCGUUAAGGUCAACACAGGAGUGAGAAUUUCUGUGUUUCUCCCCACAAAAUGUACUGCCCACCUUGACUUAACCCGUGUAAUUAACUUCAGAGUGCCCUUACUGAGUACUACAUGUUCGCUGCUGUGUGUAUCAAAAUGGAAACAUCUUAGUAAUAAUCAACUGUACAAUUGUAUCAACUUGUGUGUAGUCACUUCUGGUAAAAUUGUUGAUAUUAUUAGUUAUUAUUUAUUGAAUUGAAUUGAACAUUCCCGCCUGAGAAGGGACCCGAUAUCCUGUACCCACACUGUAAUCUCUUGUGUUGUCCCGCGGCAGAACUGUGAUGAGUUGUUAGCCUGUGUCUUCCCCCGUCCCGUCUGUAGAGGCGAGCUGUUGUAUGAAGUGUAAAAUGACCACUUUGUAUGGUAAUCUGUAAGAUAUUAGUGGAGGACAUCCGUGACAUUCUGGUAGUCGUCAUUUUACAAUCAGUGUUAAUCCCUGGCGGCUGCUCCAGCGCAGUUCAGUGGUUCGCGGGGAACUGCUGAAGUUUUUUGAGUCGAAGAGAAAAUAUUGAGAAUCAUUGCACUGGUGUUGACUGUAAUUAGAGCAGCUCGCAUAGCGAGGACUGGAGCGGGUCUGGCAAAGUUGGAUGUUUUCCUCACUUAUUGUAAUAAAAGACAGUAAAACCAA